AUGGGAAGAAAGCUGAGACACGUGCUGGUUUUCCUUCUCAUCAUCCUGAAGGAGCCCAGCAUGCCGGAAGCUGCCUGCGGAUGUAAAUCAGCAUUCUGCAGAUGCACCGAAAUGGGCCUCACCAGCUUCCCUCAGGACCUGCCAACAACCAUCUAUUGGUUGGAUUUAAGCAACCAGAUAACAAUGAUUCAGGCCGGUACAGUUGCAAAUCUUCCCCAGUUACAAGAGUUGUACCUUAACAACAACCAGAUAACAAUGAUUCAGGCUGGUGCACUUGCAAAUCUGCCCCAGUUACAAGAGUUGUACCUUAACAACAACCAGAUAACAAUGAUUCAGGCUGCGGCCCUCUCUAUUGUUGCCACCGUCCUCAUCACAAUCUGGUGCAAACGGAACACCAAGAAUCCUCCCUCUGGCCCAACUUCUAACAUAGCGUUGAGUAACAUCAACACCACAGCUACUGCACCGACUAGUGGUUCCCUUCAUGAUCAGACAGGGCAGGGCCAGGCUUUGGCGUCCAGUCAACCCUUGAAUAUCGAACACCCUAAAAUAGGUACAGGUACAGGGUCCCUUGCUCCCCAUAGAGAUGGCCCCCCUCUACCUGAUGAUGAUGAGCCCACUUAUGUGGAGCCAGACGGUGCCCACUAUAUGACGCCAGAAGACGUCCUGUAUGAAAUGCCGGCAAACAGUCAUUGCGAGGAUGACAACCGGCACUAUUACCAACCUCUAAAAAAAGAACAAAACUUACCCACUGAUGCUUCUGGCUACGUACUGGUAGUGCCCAAUAAAGGCCAGUGUUAA